AUGGUCGCAACACAAUUCGGUACCGCGGCAUCCGACACGACACAUCACACCAUGGAGCCCCUUGUCGAGAUCAAGGCGCCAGAGAUAGCAGUCGACACGCUCGCGAUUCGUAUGAAGCGCGAUGAUGCCCACCUUCACACCAUCGAGUCCGCGACUACAAACAAGGUACCGGAGACAGUAGUCGACAUGCUCACCAUUCGUGCGAAGCGCGAUGAUGCUCAUCUCCGCAGCGCAAAGUUCGUGCCGCGUAAGCGUGCGAAGCUGGUGGAGGAAGAAAUGGAGGUGGAGUGGGAGCAGAGCUUUAUCCCGGAGAAGGAAGCCUUAGUUGACAGCGUCUUUGCCAAGCAUCUGUCCUUCGAGCAGCCGUUCGUCAGGUCUACCAUUCAUCCCGGCCUUGAGAGCGUACUCCCCGUCGCUACUGCUAUCGGCGUGCCACUCACCACCAGCGACGCAGACCUUGCAAUUCGUGAGAAAGAUGGACGCAAGCUCAAGAGUCUCGGUUUCGGCAAGAUGUCGAUCUUCGGCAGGAUCUUCAUCAAGCAUCCUCUGCCAGGGUUUGACGAGAAGCGCCUGCGGGCUUCGGUCUGGGCUAAGCGGGUCGCUAGAGAAGACUGGGAUAAGGCAUUUGGUGACCAGGCGUCGCCAUCUAACAUCAAGAUCUUCGAGGGUGUGGAUGACCUUCCGCUCCAGCUCGAGGAUGAGUCUGAUCGGCGUUGGGUCAAGCACAGGAUGUGGUUGACGAUGUUGCCUGAGACGAGUGGUGACGUGCACUGA